AUGUUUGGGAAGUUUCCUAGUAAGGUUGCAAUACACAAUGCAAGAUAUCUGGCUCAUCUCUCAACAAACCCUUCAUACUCUCCUAGUCUGCCCACACAAGCCCAAAUAGUUAUUGCAGGAGCAGGGGUAGUAGCUAAUUCUGUAGCUUACCACCUUGUACAAAAUGGAUGGAAUGACAUAGUUGUUUUGGAACAGAACAAAAUUGGCAGUGGUACAUCAACAUUUGGUUCAGGAACCCUGGGCUUAUUGAAACCAACUGCACAUAGAAAUUUGAUAUGGUAUAGCAUCAAAUUAUACCACGAAUUGCAGCAAAAGGGAUAUGAUUUACAACUGAAACAAUGUGGAAGUAUCAAUUUAGCUCAAACAAAAGAUCGCCUCAUAGCACUCAGGAGAAGAAUGGCAUACAAUAUUCCUACAGGAUUAUACUGUGAACUUGUUAGUGGGCAGAAGUUACAGGAUCUCCAUCCAUAUAUUAGAACUGAUGAUUUGGAAGGUGCUGUUUGGGUACCUGAAGAUGCAGUUAUUAAUCCCAAAUUAAUCUGUGAGGUUCUUGCCACUUUGGCACAACAAGGAGGAGCUAAGUACUUAGAAAACACAGCUGUUAAUAGAAUUUUGACCAAAAAUAAAACUGUCUAUGCUGUGGAGACUGAUCAGGGAAAUAUUUUCUGUGAUUAUUUUGUGAACUGUGCAGGGAUGUGGGCAAGAGAAUUGGGUUUACAAUGCAAUCCCCAAGUUAAUAUUCCAGCUUAUCCUGCACAACACUUUUAUGCUACUACUGGGCGCUUAGUUCAAGGUAUUGAUGAUACUAUACCUAUUGUGAGAGAUUAUGAUGCACAUACUUAUGCAAGGCAAUAUGAAGAUGGAUUCAUGGUAGGAUGGUUUGAACUUGAGGCAAAACCAGCAUAUGAAGAUAGUAAAGUGCCCAGAGAUUGGACCAGGCAUGUUGUGAAAGAUACUAAUCAUUUCAGACCUCUGUGGGAAAAAGGGGUACAUAGAAUACCAAUGCUGAAAACAUGUACUAACCCUGACUGGACAAAUUCACCAGAUAAUUUUACACCUGACGGCCGCUGGAUACUGGGUGAAUGCUCUGAAGUUAAAAACUAUUAUGUUGCCUGUGGAAUGAAUGGCAAUUCAUUACAGGGGGCUGGUGGAAUAGGUAAGGCAGUGGCAGACUGGAUAAUAGAAGGGAAGCCAAAACAGGAUUUGUUACCUUUCAAUGUCCAAAGAUUUUUGAAUGUACACAAUAGUAGACCAUAUUUGCAACAAAGGACAAAAGAAGUUGUGGGAAGGCAUUAUUCAGUAUUAUAUCCCUUUCAAUGUGAAUACAAAUAUGCUAGAAAACUACGUUGUUCACCCUUAUACAGUGUAUUAGAAACAAAAGGAGCAGUAUUUGGCAUCAAAAUGGCAUAUGAAAGAGCUUUGUACUUUGAUUCUACUUACAAAAAAGGUGAUAAGAAGCCAGAAAUGCCUCCUGGUACCUUCUUCAAGCCAAAGUUUUUUGAUUUCAUGAAAGAGGAAUAUUUAGCUUGUAGAGAAGGAGUUGGUAUAAUAGAUAUGUCAUCAUUUUCCAAAAUUGAAUUGAAGUCGGGAGGUUCAGAAGUCGUGAGAUACCUUCAGAAAUUGUGUUCAAAUGAUAUUGACAUCCCUGUAGGAGGCAUUGUUCACACGGGGAUGCAGAAUGAAAGAGGAGGUUAUGAAAAUGAUUGCAUGUUGGUUAGGAAACAUGAUAACUGCUUUUUCAUGGUAUCCCCAACUAGUCAACAAACCAGAAUAUUCGACUGGGUGUCUCGAAACUUACCCGCGAACUCAACUAUAGAUCUCAACGAUGUUACCUCGAUGUACACAGUCAUAAAUGUUGUUGGUCCCAAGGCUAGUGCCUUACUCAGCGAAUUAUCGAACAAUGACAUGAAGUUUGCCCCAUUCUCAUACAAGAAGUUCAAUGUGGGAUAUGCCUCGGAUGUCAUAGUAAUGUCUUUCACACAUACAGGGGAACCAGGGUACUGCCUUUACGUGCCGUCCGAGUACGCUCUACAUGUGUAUUACAAACUUAUGAGGGUUGGAAGAGACUAUGGCGUUCGAGAUGUGGGAACUAUGACACAAAGGUUCAUGAGAAUUGAAAGAUUCAUUCCGUUUUGGGCUGAAGAACUCAAUAGCUUCACGACCCCUUUUGAAUCGGGAAACAGUUACAACGUUAGACUUGACAAGAAAGAAAAUUUCAUUGGUAAAUCUGCAUUACAAAAGCAGAAAGAUGAAGGGAUAACAAAGCAAUUACUACUUUUGCAUCUGAACGAUAUUGAUCCAGAUGUUGAUAUUUGGCCAUGGGGAGGAGAACCUCUGUAUAGGAAUAACGAAUUUGUAGGAACAGUGACAUCUGCAGGAUAUGGAUUUGCAGCUGAAAAAAUGAUCUGCCUCGGUUACAUAAGGAGACCCAAAUCAUCAGAGGACAAAAUUGUCAAUGCUGAGUAUGUUCUCUCGAAAGACGCCAAAUAUGAAAUAGACAUAGCCGGGCACAGAUUUUCGGCUACACCCUACUUCCACGCCCCAAUCAUAGGAAGUUCAAACACCGAGGCAAGAACAUACAGGCCUACCGCUGUGAAGUACAGCAGCAAUAUUUCCCAAUAG